CUUAUGAUUUCUGAGUGUUGGUAUUUUAAGUCUGUGAAAAGUGCGCUCUUCUAGUACGUAAUUUUUCCAACAUUUUUGGCAGGAAGCCGCAGGAUUGUGCCCUGAAACUUGCUCAUCAUCGUGUUGUUCUCAUAUCAUAUUCGACUGAAACUGAGAAACUGAACGGGCUUGAGUCAAGUUUGCUAAUCCUGAGACCGCGAGCGAAAAUGGUGGCUCGAUAACCCGAAAUUCGUCUGUAGCAACACUUUUGCAAUUUCGCUGGCUUUCAUGCCUUUCAAUUGUCAGUUAGGAGUCUUGUAGCUCUAACUGUUGAAAUGAGCGGGGACUUAGGUGGAUCCCGGCGACCUCCCACAGGAAAAGCAGGUGGUGCGUCCAGUCAGCCAGUAUUUGCUCUUGGGAAGAAGCCACAUGUACCGUCUGCAGCGCCGACGGCGGCUGCCAUGGCGACGCAGCCGUCGCGCAGUGGCCUCUUCUCCAACACCGACGCUGUCCAGCCCAGUUCCGGGGUGUCGGCAGCGCGCAAAGCUCUCUUCUCCACCGGUCCCAGUCAGCCUGUCUCGUCGACGGUGGCCAAGUCGCACUUGUCGCAGAAAGAUUCGCUGAAGAGCAAGAUUCACGCCGGGGCGCGCACAUCGCAGCCAGUCUCCUCCGCCGCCGCCGCGUUGCACCGAGCUCCGGCCUUCCGUCAGGACCAAGCGCACAGACCUGACCAUUCCGACUGGCACCGACAGGCACAAGACACGGACGGGAAAAGCCUGGCCACAGUGAGCAGACAAGUGGUCUCCGGGGAAUGUUCGAUGAGCGAUGAAAAGUUAUGCGCACUGAUCUGCGGUGCCAUCCGGCAGCUGCACCAAAACCGCCACAAGGACGUGGAUGAAUUGAUGUUGCUCUCUUUAUCACGCCUGGCUACGGUCAGACCGGAAUUAUUCCGCAACAACACCGUCCUCACGGCGCUAAUGUCCUUGAUUAAACGCGACCCCGUGUACAACUCAUCGAUGGGCUACAAGAGCAAGAGCACCAUUAUCAACUGCAUGAUUGGCGCCAGUCUGCUUUACACAGUGCUGCAGGACAUUCCGCGCUGGCCGGCAGCUGUUAUGAAGUUAUACUUGGAGGAUGCCGCGUUCGAUCGCCAGUGGGUGGAUUUGGCGGAGACUAAAGAAUUCGUCCGUGCCAUUCGUUUCUCCUUUGGGACGAAAGCUCCCAGUCUGGCCACGCCCGCCGUGGCUGAAGUGGCGGAAACUAGUCAGCCCAAACCGGGACAAAGCCCGCGGCAUCUGCAGCCGGAAGACGCCGAACGCCUUGGUCGCGCCUCACCGUCUUUACUCACUAACCGAGCGCCUUCGCCAUCGUUCUCCACAGGCACCGGCGACGAUUCUAUGUCCGAUAGCAAUUUGUCCGCUUCUGGCUCGAUAGUUAAAGAUGCACCUUCUGUUCGCACUGAUCGGUUUGCAGAUUUGCGCGCCGACAUUCCGCAGAUGAUCAUGGAAGUGACUAACGCUUUCAGAGGCACAGACGGCGGGAAGAACAUGAUCCGCCUGUUAAUUAGCACGGCAGGUGUCGCCGUAACUCGCCAGUACGCCAUGCAGCGCAUCGACGGUUGGAUGACCAAUUCUAAGACUGCCAGUGCGGCCAUGUCCUUGAUGGCCACAGUGUGCGCCAACUGCACAGUCAGCUCAAACACAGACGAAGACCUGAACGUGAUUUCCAUGUUUCUGAAGACCCGGUGCAAAGGAAAACCAGCGAUUGAUAAUUAUCUCCUAUGCUUGCAUGAAUUGUUGGAACGUAAUUCCGAUAACCUGCAAGUCGUUUUAAAGAUGAUUUUCGAGACGGAGCUGGCCGACGCGGCUAUUAACAAACGCACCCCGUGGACUAUGAUCGUCAUGGCGGCAACCAUGCGCUAUAAACCCUUGGAAUCUGCUGUGAUUGCGGGCAAUCUUUUUGCCACUCUUAUCGUCAAUCCGGUGGAGGACUACACUCGCCAUUUGAAGGUCAUCAUGCACGAACUGGUGAAGACGUACAAGACGGAUGUACGACAGGAGAAAUUCAUCAUGUCGAUGCUGACGGGCAAAGCGCUGUCCAACCAGACAAUGCUUACUCAGCUCCGCUUGGAGGAUCAAGGCAAUCGCGAUAAGAAGCUACUGGCGCUGCUGGACAUUGUGCUAGCGGCGGAAGUGCUGAUGCUGCUGACGCGCUUCAAAGAGGACUUGGCCAGUGGCAAUUCCGACGCUUUUGUCACGGCCUUGGCGCCAUUGCAAAGCAUUACUGUGGAGUUCGUGAAGACCACGGCCAAAAAAUGGUUCGGGCCCACUAACGACACCAUUCGCGUGGCUUUGCGCAAGAUCUUCCUUCUGGACAAACCCAACACGUUUCAAGUUAUGGAUAAAUGGCCGACGGAACACGAAAGAAAUACAUUUUUCAAAUGGGCCGCGCGAGUCCCUGUGACCGCGCACACCAUCACGCAGAUCCAACUGCUGAUGGCCUCUUGUGAACCGUUGACCUGUUUGGAGAUGCUGGAGACAGUUCUCGUCCGAGCACUGGGUUUGCGCGCAGAAAAUUACGAAGCUAUCCGCAUUGGCGAAUUGAUACAGAGCGGCAUCAUCGAAUCGCUCUUCCAAUUGGGCAUUUACCGUGUUCCCGAAAACGCCGUCUUUCCUCCCAAGUACCGGGUGCCCCAAUUGAUUCGCCGUGAUAUCUUCUGGCAGUGCUGGAAAAUUAUUUUGCUUCUGGGAUCGGCUGAUCCAGCGCACUUUGGGAAAUUCAUCUGGGAGCGGUUUCCCACAGCCCGCGCUCUGAUGCAGAUGCUCAUCAUCAGCCGCUACGAGUUUCCGCCGGAAACCAUGACUACACCGGAAAAGACUAGUCGAUUCUUUUUGGAUCGGGAGCAAAAAUUAGCGGAAGACGAGAAAAAAGUCAUCGUGGAGCUGGAAAACCGUCUGGCUGGUGGGAACGCCAAAAAUAUUAUUGUUUCUGAUGUUAACGCGAAACUGCCAAAAGACUAUACACGUUACGACAUAAGUGGACCUUUGCGUUGUCCACCGGAAUCUUUUCUGGGUGCCCUGGAAAAAUUGAACAAACAGCUGGAGCUGGGGAAGCUGCUGUCGGGAUGCCGCGAUCCGGAUUUCCUAAUCGAGAUCCUUAGCGAAAAGGGCACCGCCGCUAGCUUGCCCUGGCUGCUGGAGCUGACCACCAGUGCCAAGUCCAUGUUCGACGUUCUUCCCGUGGAGUGCGUCUGCGAAAUGCUCUCCAACAGUCUGCUGAAGAAGCCCAUGGGAGCGGCCGACAAACGCGAUCAGGACUUCCGGAAAUGCUGCAAUCUGGCGCUGCGUCUCAGUGAUUCCAUCAUUGGGGCCAAUGUGGACUACAGUAAUGCCACCAAGACGGUGAACUUCUUCAGCGAUCGGCUAGCCAGUGAGACGGCCUUGGAGCGGGACAAUGCCAAGGUGGCGCUGGAGAUCUUUUUCGACCCCGACAAAAUUGAAUCGGCGUUGGCUAAUCUGUGGGGACUAUCAGACAGUGAGACCGUUAGUGAAGGUUCCAGUGAACGGAUCAUUCCAGAGCCGCGCGUUAGGCAGGGUAUCAGCAUUGAGGCGGCUCUCAUGAAAGUUAGCCCGGAUGCCUGGUGUCCGCCGUCAGUAACGAUGCCGAAGGAAACACGAAUGAGCUAUAUGGAGAAGUUCAAGUGGCUCUUGACGGACAUUCCUGCCCGGAGCACCGAUUUUGAGAUGCUGCGAAACGAUUUGUGUUUGCAUCUGGCAAAGGCCAUCGAAGUGGAAUGUGACACGGAGUCAAUCUGCGCCUACCUGGAAUUCAUUUCGUGCUACGCCCAGUAUCCCCCAGCGGAGCGCAUCAAGGACUACAUUGUGAUGCAGGUUGUGGCUGAUUUACUCGUUAAUCGACGCGAUUUGCGCGACGCGGUCUUGCUGCUGGGCACCGGCGCGUUGACGGAGGCGGAAUGCCACCGUGUACAAGAUCACCUCGUUAAGUAUUUCGAAAUAUUCCUCGGAAUGGCUUACGACGACUUCCCGGAGAAGUUCGCGUCUUUUGUCGACAACGGAUUGUUUCUUAACGAUCCGCUGUUGCGCAUACAUUACGGAGCGGGAGAAAAUCGCCGGACAUACUGCCUGACUUCGAAAACCGGUCGAGCACUGCCCACAUUGUUGGCACUCGUCGGUGAUACGGAGAGCCGCGGUAACGAGGUGUUGUUGCCGUUUUGUUUGAACUCCAAUCUGAUUCACUCCGCCGUCACCUGGAUGACGCGGGAGCCGGCGGAGAUCAUGACUGACGCGGUACGGGAAGUAAUCUUCCAGUUUUCACGGGUGAACGCCCUGGUGGACAUGGCCCUCGCUGACGUCUCUGACGAGACAUUAAUUCGCCAGAUCUGUCGGGAGAAUAUACCGCUGGACAAUCUACGAAGGAUGGUGAGCGCCGUGAAUAUCAAGAACCACACUACGCUGGCCAGUUUGAAGCAUUUUGUGCGGCAGCAUGUGCUGACCUCAACCGCUACUCUGGAGUGUCGGCUGGCGCAGGGACUCACUCUGGAUGAUCCCGUGCACGCCCUCAUCCACAGCACGCUGACAACAGCUCGCAACCCUUUCGCUGUCCCCUUCACUUUCUGAUAAGUUAGCUGUGUUUCGCUUCGGCUCUGGCGGCAGAGCUUCAAAGAAUCUAACGAUGAUGACGCGGAGCUGCGAUGGUUCUGUUCUUUUGUUGUUGGUUAUUUUGAGUGCAGUAAGUAAUGUGCAAUGGCCAUUGCUACGGCAGUUGACGCCAAUGUUGGGAGAUGUCAUGUGAUAUUCGCUUUUGGAUAUUUUCUUUUUUUAUGAGGCAUCAUCGAGGAAACCGAGUUUUUUUGUAAUGCUGUUUUUGUGACGGCAGAAACAAGAGCUUUGCCAGAUGCUGUA